AUGUGUAAAGAUUGAUUAAUAUAAGUUGAACCAAAUCAGUACAGGAACAACGAAAGUAGGUUCUGUUUUUUAUCAAAAUAAACGCAAUCUACCUCUCUCUGUUCUCGCUUCCUCUUUUUUCCUCUUCUCGUUCCUCUCUUGUUGGAGUAGUGCCCAGGGAUGAGAAGGGUGGUUCGUCCUGUACGCCAGCUGGCACAAGCCUCUCAGAGGCACCAAAAAUGUAUUUUGAUCACUGAUCCUGUUGCAGAAACACCAUUUCACUUUGAAAAGAGCUCUCAUCUUCAUAGUUCAGCUUAUAGAGUUCUUGAUCAUCAUGUUGAGACUAGCUUAGCUAAAAACUCUUCAUUUACAACAAGGGGUCUCUCUAUUGAUGCUGCAAAACUUACACAUGGAGAAAUAGAGAGAGCUGGGCCUCUUGUUGAGUAUGAAAGAAGAAUUGCUACAGGGGAACUUGUAGAUGGAGAUAAUUUUCAGUUAUACACACUGACAGAACUUCAGAGAUUGUAUGAUGAGCUUGUUGCAUCUGCUGAUACCUGCCAAUUGGAUCGAGACGCAGCCGAAAAACCAGUAAGAAGCGGGUGGCUGUGGUCUCGUCUCUUGUACCAUCCUUCUCAUUCACCUGUAAAAGGUCUAUAUCUUUAUGGAGGAGUGGGUACUGGUAAAACUAUGUUGAUGGACCUGUUUUUUAAUCAAUUGCCCUCUAAUUGGAGGAAAAAGAGGAUUCAUUUUCAUGACUUCAUGUUGAAUGUACAUAGUCUAUUACAAAAGCACAUGGGGUUAUCAGAUCCACUUGAGGUUGUUGCUGAAGAGAUUUCUGAUGAGGCAAUUUUGUUAUGUCUGGAUGAAUUUAUGGUAACAGAUGUUGCUGAUGCGUUGUUACUAAAUCGCUUGUUUAAACAUUUGUUUAGCAAAGGCGCUAUUCUAGUAGCCACUUCAAAUCGUGUUCCAGACAACCUAUAUGAGGGUGGACUGCAGAGGGAUCUCUUUCUACCUUUCAUUGCAACGUUAAAGGAAAGAUGUGUAGUACAUGAGAUUGGUUCAUCAAUUGACUAUCGUAAAAUGACUUCGGGUGAGCAAGGGUUUUAUUUGGUUGGCAGCGGUUUAUCUGACUUUCUUAAGAAAAGGUUUCAAGAUUUGAUAGGAGAAGGCACACCUACUCCCCAAGUAGUGGAAGUAGUAAUGGGAAGGACACUGCACGUCCCACUGGGAGCUAAUGGAUGUGCCUAUUUUCCUUUUGAGGAACUUUGUGACAAACCUCUUGGGGCUGCAGACUACUUUGGAUUAUUCAAGAACUUUCAUACUUUAGCACUGGAUGGCAUCCCUGUUUUUGGGGUUAGUAAUAAAUCAGCUGCACAUAGGUUUGUCACCCUGAUUGAUGUGAUGUAUGAGAACAGGGCUAGAUUACUGUGCACAGCUGAUGGGAGCCCUCAAGACCUCUUUGAAAAAGUAGUAACAGUAUCUGAGGCUAAACAAAUGGCACCCAGGACAUCUUCAAGAUCAAGGAAAAACGAUGUAAUUGAUCUUUGCGUAGACAAUGAACUAGGGUUUGCAAAAGACCGGACCAUUAGCAGGCUUACAGAGCUUAACAGCAAGGAAUACUUAGAGCAUCAUGCUGCAACGUUAGCAGAAAAGAAAGAAAGAGUGGAUCAGAAUGUCCUUGAAGCUUGAAGAGAGAGCUAAUACCUCAUAAUAGUUUGAUUCAUAUAUUAUUGUUGUAGCACGCACAUACGGGGUGAAUAUAGGGUGAAAAGAUGAAUAAUUGCAACCGAUAAUUUCAAAUAAAACACCCCCCAUCUACAGACAGUUAGAUUCGGCACCUGCAUAAGGGAGAGGUGUGCUGUUUGUAUCAUUGUUGACUAGCAUUACCCAAAAAUAAUGUACAACUAAGUGAUGUAUAAAAAUUCAAAUUCAAUGGAAUGGAUUGCAGGUCUUGCUAA